CGAUGACGUCAUGCUGGGGCUGGGCUGAGAAAAGAUGAGCGGCUGGAAAAACAUGUAACGGUGCAAAGACACGGCUGCACCCACCCACACCAUCCUUUACUGAGCCUCAGUUCACCAGCGGAGACCAAUUCCUUUCACAUCACAUUGGGACUUUGUGGGGUGGUGGGGAAGGCCUAGUCCCCCACCUUGAUCAGGCCCGGACACCCCACAGAUCCCCCCGACACUAUCCAUGGAAAAACAAGGAGCCAUGAGUACACCAGGCAAAGUCAGCGGGCUCAAACCCCCGAGCAAAAUAGUCCGACCGUCUGGGGUGCCAUCAAAGACGUCUCCAUCUUCUGGUGCUUCAAAGCCAGUUCCUCCAGAGAAGUCCCCUGGCACUGUGACCUCCCCAACCCAGGAUGGAGCGGCAGACUUCCAGGUCGGGGACAGGGUCUGGGUCAACGGCAACAAGCCCGGCUACGUGCAGUUCAUCGGCGGCACGCAGUUUGCUCCCGGGCAGUGGGCUGGGAUUGUGCUGGACGAGGCCAUCGGGAAGAACGACGGGUCUGUGGCAGGGGUCCGGUACUUCCAGUGUGAGGACGGGAGGGGGAUAUUCACACGGCCGUCAAAGCUAUCCAAGACUGCACUGCCAGAGAAAGAGGCCAACGGGAGGCAGGCCAGUCCGGCGCCAGCAGCCUCUGCACCGAGCGAGCCUGCACCUGCUGGCAAUACCUCGACUGCUCAAGGGACCGGCAUAAAGACUGCACUUAACCGAAUGCUCACGUCCAGCGAGUCAGUGUCUAACAUCUCAGACACAGAGUCAAUGAAGAAGAGGAGGGAGCUGAGGCUCGGAGACCGUGUGCUGGUUGGUGGUAACAAGGCAGGAGUGGUGCGGUUUCUGGGAGAGACAGACUUUGCCAAGGGGGAGUGGUGUGGAGUGGAGCUGGAUGAACCGCUUGGCAAGAAUGAUGGAGCUGUCGCAGGCACCAGAUACUUUCAGUGCAUGCCCAGGUAUGGUCUGUUUGCUCCAACGCACAAGGUGACACGUAUCGGCUUUCCCUGCACCACGCCGACCAAGUCAAAGAGCUCACGGAGGAAGUCCACGCUCAAGAGGAGCCCGAGCGCUUCCUCUGUCAGCACACUUAGCUCUGCCACCUCCUCCAUCAGCGGCAAACCCAGCCGGGCAGGACUGCUGACGGAGACAUCUGCUCGGUACGCUCGUAAGAUCUCUGGCACCACAGCGCUGCAGGAGGCUCUGAAGGAGAAGCAGCAGCACAUCGAGCAGCUGCUCGCGGAGAGAGACCUGGAGAGAUGUGAGGUGGCGAAGGCAACCAGCCACGCAGGGGAGGUGCAGCAGGAGAUGGUUCUGCUGAGGAAAGGACGGGAUCAGUAUGCAAUGGAAAUGGAGGCAAAGUUGGACCAGCUGCGUUCACUGGUGGAAGCAGCAGAUCGAGAGAAAGUGGAGCUGCUCAACCAGCUGGAGGAGGAGAAGAGAAAAGUGGAAGAUCUGCAGUUCAGUGUGGAGGAGGCCUGCAUCACCAGAGGAGACCUGGAGACGCAGACCAGACUGGAGCAUGCCCACAUAAAGGAGCUUGAGCAGAGCCUGCUCUUUGAAAAGACCAAAGCUGAAAAACUCCAGAGGGAUUUAGAGGACACUAGGGUGGCCACAGUGUCUGAGCGCUCCAGGAUCAUGGAGCUGGAGAGGGAGGUUGCCGACCUCCAGCUGCGGCUGCGGGCGUCCCAGCAGAAGGAGGACGCUGCGUCUCUGUCCCAGCAGCAGAUCAGCAGCCUCAAGGCCCAGGCGCAGGCUCAGGAGAAGAAGAUCAGCGAGCUGAGUGUCGACGUGGAGAGCAAACAGAAGGAGCUUCAGUCUGUGCAGCAAGAUAAGAGCUCUCUGGAACAGGAACUGACCAGCCUGAGACAAACGCUCGAGACAGCUGAGGAGGAGAACAGGAGGACAGCGAAGACCAUGCAAGAGUUGGAGCAGAUUGUGGAGCAGUCAAAGAAAGAGGUCCAAACCCUGAAAGAGGAGAAUCAGUGCAGAGAGAGAGAGCUGACAGAGGCGACUGAAAAGUCAGAGAGGACGGAGCGGUCGCUUGAGCAACUGACCAAUGAGAAUAAGACACUGGAGACACAGCUCGAGGCUUUAAAACAGCAGAACUCCAAAUACCAGGAGGAGCUCAGUCUGUCGAAGGAGCGCAGCAGCUCGGAAACGCAGCGCAUCGGAGUCCUCUGCAAGGAAAUUGAGGAGCUGAAGCUGGCCUCCCAGAAGUCUCAGCAUCUUGAGGAGCACAAUGAGGAGCGUAACAGUCAACAGCCAGACAUGAAGACCAGAGAAACGAUCUCUAAUCAGGAGACGGAGGGCGAAAUAAACUUCCAGAAGUCCACUGGAGCCUUAAUCUCAGACAAAGACCGGGAGCUGGAGACGCUGAGGAAUGAGAUCGCGGUGCUACGAGGAGAAAACGCCAUGGCCAAGACACUGCAGACGGCCGUGGAGACGUUGGAGAGAGACAAAGCUCAGCUGCAGAGCCGUGUUCACAGUCUAGAGCAAAGGCUCAUGGGAACGCAGGCCUCGGAGGAGGAAGACAGGGAAGCUCCACCGUCAGGCGACGCGGCCCUGGAGCAGCUGAGGGAGGAGAAGGAGUUCGCUGAGGGGCAGAUCAACUUCCUGAACAGUGUGAUCGUGGACCUGCAGAGGAAGAACGAGGAGCUGAAGAUCAAACUGAAGAAGCUCGCUCUGGCUGAGUUCAACGGCAACGACGGCACGGAUGGGUUUGUUGAAGGUGUGUCAAAGCGGGAAAAGAAGGUGACGCCGCGUCUGUUCUGCGACAUCUGCGACUGCUUCGACCUCCACGACACAGAGGACUGUCCCACUCAGGCCCAGAGCCCCGACUCGGUACCUCACACCACCUAUCACGGCAACCCGGCGGACGAGAGGCCCUACUGCGACAUCUGCGAGGCCUUCGGACACGCCACGGAGUCCUGCAACGAUGAUCAGACCUUCUAGUAGCUCCAAAAAACUCUUUACCUGCAUUUCCUUCCCUUUCCACUUAAACACAGCUCACCUCUUACUCUCCCACGACGCAGCCCGACUAAAUCCCCUUCAGAUUUUUCCAUAUUGUAUUUUUAUACUGUAUUUAUGCAUAUCACUGGUAGCCACCGUCCUGAUCUAAAUCCUUUCUCUAAAGGUAAACUGUAAUGCAGAAUGCUCGUCCAAAUAUGCUGCUUUGGUGCAAUAUUGAUGUUUAUAACAAAAAGGAAUCCGUCCUCUGCACUUCGUCGUUUUUAUCGUGUUGUUUUGCAUUUAAGUUUGUUUCUAAAAUAAGAAUAAGUGUUGUUUUUAUGGGCUUUUUUGUUAUUUAGCGAAAAACGAUGCAACUUAAUGAAGCACAGUUCAAACUGAAGGGAAAAUGAAGAAGCACCUCUCCGACUCUACAUUCCUCAAGUCUGUAAGGCUGCACACCAAUCAGAGAGUGAUACUGCCAUGUCAAACCUUUUACUAAUUUUUUAAUGUUUAGUGAUAUUUUACAAACGCUUCCUCCAGCAUAUCAACCUACGACGGAGCGACGGAGUAUCGGGGUCACACAGGGAAACAAAUUCAUGUCAGAUUUGAGGAAAUAAAAUGUAAUAUUGUUAGAAAAAGGUGGAAUUUUUUGAGAAAAAGUCUUAAUAUUUUAAGAGGAAAUGCAACAUUUAGAAGGGAAAAAAAGGUGUAAUAUUUUAAGAAAUAAAAGUUGUAAAAUUUUGAGGGAAAACACAAUACAGAGGAAAAAAGUUUUAAUAUUUUAAGAAAUAAAAGUCAUAAUAUUUCAAGACAAAGCUUACAGUUAAGAGGUGAAAGGUUGUAAUACUUUAAGAAAUAAAAAUGAUAAGAAUUUUAGAGAAAAUGUACAGUUUAGAGGACAAAAGUUGGAAUAUUUUAAGAACUUAAAGUCAUAAUGUUUUAAGACAAAAUGUACCGUUUAGAGGAAAAAAAAGUUGUAGUAUUAUCAGAAAUAAAAUUAAUAAAAUGUCAAGAGAAACAUACAGUUUACAGGCAAAAGGUUAAAAUAUUUGAAGAAAUUAAAGGCAUAAUAUUUCAAGACAAAACCCACAGUUUAAACGCAAAAACUUGUGAUAUUAUAAGAAAUACAAUUUUUAGUAUUUCAAGAGAAAACGUACGUUAAGAGCAAAAAGUGAAGAGAAAAAAAUGUAAUGAUUUUUAAAAAUUACAAAAUAGUUAAACGACUUUCACAGUGAAAUCUUCAGACUUUUAUUACCUACAACAAAAUGAAUGACUGAUGGAAACAUUUAGUAUCAAGUAGACGUAGAAAUUGAUGUCAGUGCUAAAUACUUCAUCUUGCUUUCUUUUCCGGGCUUUUGAGACCGCGUUGGCAAACUUAAGUGAUAGAAUAAAAAUAUUUCAGUAUUAAGUCAAGUCACUUCAUGGGAAUUAAAUGUUUUAGCAUUUCCUGACAGUUCAUAUAAACUGUACUGUUACUGUCUUUACUUACUGUUCAUGCUAUGACUGUGCUCUUUAAUCAUAUUAUAAUUAUAACUUUUCUCCAAAUGUCACAACAUUGUUUUCUGAAUAUUAAAACUUAAUUCUCCAAUAUUAUUACUCAUAUUCAAAAUAUUUUGACUUACAACUUUAUUUUUUCAGAAUAGUGCAACAUUUUCUCAAAAUAAAAAUUCUUGAAAUAUUUCCAAAAAAUAAUUCUCAAAAUAGUAAGACUUUAUUCUUUAAGUAUUUUACAUCAUUCUGGGCUAAUAAUAAUAUGAAUGUUCUUGAUAACAGUUUUAUUCUCUAAACAUUAAGACUCUUUUUCUGACAUUUUUUACAAUUUUUUCUUGAAAAAUUAUUUACAGUUAUUCUCAUAAUAUCAGGAUCAGGAAUUCUCACAAGAGAAUAUACUGACUUUUCUUGAAAUAUUACAUCUUCAUUGAUGAUUGUAUUUGAUAAAGGAAAAAAAUAUGACUUUUUAUUAAUUAUUUGACUAUUGUCGUGGCCCUUAUAUUCCAUCGUAACCAACUUAUAUGUUAAUCUAUGGAAAACUAAUAACACUUUGUAACAUGAGUGAAGUUCAGUCUUGACGUUGGUAAAAGUGGCUUCAAAGGUUGCUCUCACUGUGCUCCUCAGUGGAUGCAGUUGAAAGAGUUAACUCCUGUGUCACUCCAUCAUGAAAACCACUGGGUGCAAGUGAAGACUGGAGAUAAAAUUCAUUAGGUGGACUUUGACUUAAAGGGGCAGUUUAAUUGUUUACUUUUAUUUUUUAUAUUAAGUGGCUUUACAACAUUUCUUUUUGUCGAACAAAAUAAUUUCACGACUUAAGGUCCAUUUAACAGUCAAGGAGCUUUCAUCCUAAUUCUGUUUUUUUCAGUUGUCGUAAUCUUCUAAAAACCUAAACCUGAAAUCUGAGCACUUUAAGGACUUGAGAUUUUAAGUUAAACUACAUUUACAUGACAGCGUGGCACCUUGACCAAAAGCUCCGGAGUUGCUGUCAAAUGGACCUCGUGAUCAGAUUCUUUCGUUUCGUCUGAACUCUUGUGUAUAAACAACUUUUUUCCCAUAGAUCAGCAUACAGGUUGGUGUCCUCGUGUAACGCCGCUGAGAGUCACAGAGGAUUUGUUGUAGUUGACGAUGAAGUCGUUGCAUUUUGUUAUUUAUUGUCUGAUCUUAAACUAACCAGUGAUAUUCCUACAGGGACAUAAGCUAGCACUGAUGUAAAAGUGUAUAGUCUGAACUAGGACUACUGUAGUAUAGGUGGGCUUUUGAAAUGCAUCUGCCUCAUGUUACAGAAUGAAAACUACCCAGAUUGAAACUUUGGAAGCCUCUACGAACUACGGGCCUGUCUACAUGUAUACAGAUAAUUUAUUGUCAGCACAAGCUUUUAAAAAAUAUCCCCGUCCACACUAGAACACAAAGGUCGCCAGCUCAGAAGGAGUCGAGUCGAGUCAAGCCGAGCCGUAGCACGCUGUGGAAAUUCGGCAUAAAAGAUGUAAACCAGUCAUUAGACCUAGCAGUGCUAGUGCUAACAAUACGGAACAAACAGAUAGUCUGCCAUUGUUGUUUCUGACGCAUGCUCACUGCAAAAAGCAACGACAGACAUGCACAAAUUGACGAGAUAUUUUUCUCCUUCCUUGUUAAAAUUAAUGUCCACAUGACCUCCGUUUUUUAAAAUAUCUCUGUCCUCACUAGAACACAGAAACGACUCCAAACACUUGCUGUGGCCAGUAGGUGGCGAUACUUAAACGAUUAAAUACCAGAGAAGAAGACAUGAGCAUGCAGAGUGAGCUUGGCGGUACUAACAAAUCAAACAAUAGUAAAACGGUAGUAACUAAAUGUUUCUUUAUUUCAACAUAUUUCACACCUAAUUUAUUAACAUAUCUCUGGUAGACGGCCUGCAGGUGCUAUGGAAAUUGAAACGUGACUACAAACUGGCAGUCCGUUGCUGUUUUGGGAGCUCAUUCCACAAAGACACAAAAGUCAUGCACAAUUUGAUGGGAUGAUGUUUCCAGUCGGAUACAAAGCGACUGGAGUUUUGAAAAAGCUGCACCUUAGAAGGCGUUUAAAGAAAUCUAUGUUGAGUGAUCUAAAACUUUGCGCUUGUGGACGAGAGCUCAAAACGCAGAGGAAAACAUCCGUUUUUAAAUAUCUGUAUCCGUGUAGACAUGGUUGUAUAGUUUUGCACUGUCCACUUUAAAGAUUCAUCAGAAACAAACAGCGCUUUAACUUUAUGAUUCUAAACAAAAGUGAUUUUAUCAUGAAGGUCAGUGCAGAUUAUUUUGUGUGCUGUCCCAUUUCAUACUGGCCCAUUUAAAGAUGAUGUUUGACACUUUGGGAAACAUGCUUAUUUGCUGUCUGCAGAGAGUUAAAUGAGAAGAUUGACACCUCUCAAAUGUCUGUAGGCUAAUAUGAAGCUAGUCAGGCAGGUUAGCUUAGCGUAGCACAAAGUCUGUAAACGUGGGGGAAACAGCGAGUUCUUGUUUUAACACUUUGUUUUUGUACGGAUUAAACAAACGAGAUUUAGACGUGGUGAUUAAGGCUGAUUUUGUUUUUGGACAAAGCUAGACUAACAGUUUCCCCCCGUUUACAAUUUAAGCUAAGCUAACUAGCUGCUAGCUUUAGCCUUACACUCUAUUUAAAGGGGAACUAGUUUUACAAAUCAAAUUCUGUUUACAGGUGUUGGGAGUUAAAAAAAAGUAGUACAAAGUCUUUAGCGUCGCCUGAAGGAGCUGUGAAUAGUCUGAUAAUUUGCCUCGAGUGAUGUCACUUGAGUCAGCCGUAGCUGAAGCCUGCAAGUUUGAAAGUGAAAAGAAAUUUGGAAGGUAUGGAUUUAGAAAGAAGUGAGACUACUGUAGCUCGCUUCUCAUCUCUGCUGUAGACAAGAGGUUCCAGGGUACAUUAGCCGUGACUAGCAUAACACACCCAUAGACUGUAUUUAAAGAUGAGCGACGUGUCUCCACUUAUCCCCACUUUAUAGAAGUGAAGCUAAAAUAUUUGGGAACUGGUGACGUCAUUUGGAGCCAGAGUCUGUGCAGUCACAGUCUCCACAGUAUCAAUCAUCUUUAAGACCUAUACUGCAGCCAGCCACCAGGGGGCGAUUGUGAUGUUUCAGCUUCACUUUUGGGGAGCUGUCAUGUCAUCCAUCUUUACAUACAGUAUAUGAACAUACCUGAAUCCGAUAGAAGUUCAGCUGUAUUAUGGGUAAUGUAGGUGACAGUUUUCUGACAAGGAAGAGGAAUGUGUUGAAUUUUAAAAAGGCAAUAUUUCUGGUUCUGCUGCAUUGAUUUUGCCAUCGUGACAUCACCCAUUUGUUUGUCAACUCCCAUUUUGAAGCCUUGAGUUCGACAUUUUUGCCAUUGCCGUCUUGGAUGUUUGGAGCCAGAAACAACCCUAUUUGGACGAGAGGGUGGAGCUAACACCAACGCUAGCUGCUUGCUUAGUUAGCAUGAUGCAUUUACAGCUAUGGUUAUCUAGGCUAAUGCUAAUUUUUGCGAGUGAAAAACAGGCUUAAAACCAUGACAACAAAAUGUACUUAUUGGUAAACCUGAAAAUCUGAUGCCUUAGAUGGUCUUUUAGUACAACCAAACACUGAAAAAGAAUGUUUUUGCAACUAAAACGUUUGUGUCAAUCAUCUUAUCUCACUCUGCCAGAAAUCAAACAAGCGUGUUUCCCGAACUGUGGAACUAUUCCUUUAAAUUGACCCUGUACAGCGACAUGUAUUUGACUUAUCUUGUUCUUGAGCACAAUUUUGGAUCAUAUUGAAUCUUCCAGUGUAACAGUGUAUUAUAAUACAUGAUGUGACUAACCGUCGACACAAGUCUUUGUAAAUACUAAUCAGAGGCGUCCUUCUGAUAAAUGUGUA